AUGCCCAUGUCGAACGAGGAAGAAGGGAUUUCUCCCGUGUUUAUUCGCGAGAUAUCGAUUUUGCGCGAAUUGCAGCACCCAAACAUCGUGAAGUGCGUUUUCCGCUUGUUCCUUAAUUCUAGACUGCGUAGCGUGGUUAUGGGUGCCACCGAAAUCAAACUCUACUUCGAGUAUCUCGAUUACGACUUGAAGACCUAUUCCAACCAAUUCAGCGGCGGAAUCCCCAUGGAGACCAUCAAAUCGAUCGUCUUCCAGAUUUUACUCGGCCUUCGCUACCUCCAUGUCAACCGCAUCAUCCACCGCGACAUCAAACCCCAAAACAUUUUAAUCAGUUCCCCGCGGAACGUCAAAAUCGCCGACUUCGGCCUCGCCCGCUCCUUCGCCUUCCCCCUCCGCCAUUACACCCGCGACGUGGUCACGUGGUGGUACCGCGCCCCCGAAAUUUUCCUGGGCUGCACGAACUAUUCCCCCGCGAUUGACGUCUGGUCGCUCGGCUGCGUCUUCGCGCAGCUCGUCAACCGGUUUCCCCUUUUCCCCGAGGACAGCGAGAUCGGGACGCUCUUCGCCAUCUUCAAGUGCGCGCGGUUCGAUCGAAUUCGACGUAGAAUGCUCGGAACCCCCGAUGAAACGGUCUGGCCGGGCGUUUCGGCGCUCCCCGACUUCAGUCCGCUGUUCCCGAAGUUCCCCGUGCGCGGGAUUCAGAAGCAGGUGCCCGCGCUGGAUCGGGAGGGCGCGGAUUUGCUGGCGAAGAUGUUGACACUGUAUCCGCCAGACCGAAUUACGGCCGCAGAGGCGAUUAAUCACCCGUGGAGUAUCAGUCGUAUUUAUUCUUCACUGUUUGUUUGA